ACAUACAAAACACACAUUCUAUAUUGAUGUGCUUCUAUGUACUGAUUUGGAUCAAUAUAUAGAACUGAGAACAUCAUCCACUAUUGAUUACAUGGAUGAUCAAAAGUUGUGGAAAGUUUCCAAGAAAGAUUCCAUCUUCGAAACGGCCCAUUUCUCUUCAAAACCCGUCGUCUUCACACGAAGCUUCUCAACAAAAAAUUCUUCUUCUUCUUCCUCUUCAAAACCCAUUUUCACACGAAGUUUCUCAACAAAACACACUUCGUAUUCGUCAUCAGAACCCAUCUUUAGACGGAGUUUCUCUGCAAAACCAACUCCUUCGAAAUCUCCGUUUCUGUCAAGAAGCGGUUCCACGACAACGAAAUGCCCAAAUGACGCUUCGUCUUCUUCUUCCAAGUGUUCCAUAUCUCGGAGCUUGUCUCAGAAAGGAGCUUCAGUGACCCGAAAGUGUCGUACUAAGGCCAAGGAGCACAAGUCCCGGUUCUACAUCAUGAAACGCUGCGUUUUGAUGCUCGUUUGUUGGCACAAACACGCCUGAGAGAUUCAAUAUUUGUGAAGAAAGAAGAUUAGGUUAAUUAAUUACAUUUCUUACUCGAUUUUUUACCCAUCCAUUAGUCUCUCUCUCU